UUAUUUGCACGUUUCAACGAAGUGCGAAUGUGUGUGCGUAUGUUUGUGUGUUCUUGGAAAACUCUCAAAACUCACGCCUCACACCAUCUUUAUUUCAACGCAGCAUAAACAAGAUUUUCCUCAAUAUAUUCUUCAAGAAUGUUUCCGUACAUUAUUGUGGGCUUGUUUCUGGGGUCGUGUCACUGCAGCAAGGAAGGUGGUGUAAUAUUGGGACGUCCAGAGUUAUUUGGCCCUUCAUUGGCCUUGGUGACUGACGUUGCCGACUUUUAUUGUCUUCUGUUGAUCUACCCUGAGAAUCAAACUAUCCUAUUGGAGUUGUACAAGGAGGGAAACCGGAACAAGUUGCUGGGGUUCUACAGUUCCUUGGAUGGGCAGGUUGCAUCCUUUCCCGUCGUAAUCAGAACUUUUCAUGAGGGCAACCUGGAGUGUGUGGCCAGAGCGCAGAACAAUUCUCACGUCGAGCCCUCUGUCAGCAAUACACACUACCUCAAGGUCGUAGAGCCAGUUGCAGGUGCAAAGGUCACCAUUGAAUCGGGUGCAGAGGAGUUCUUUGAGGGGAGAUCACUGGAGCUGAGGUGCACUCUUACAGCUGGAAAUCAUGUCUCUUACAAAUGGCUAGUAAAUGGGAAGGCUGUCAUACAGUCACCGCUCCACAACGUGGCACAGGACCAGCUUUUCAUCUACAGAACCACCUCUGCAGACAGCGGCGUAUACAUGUGUGUCGCUACUAAUCGCUACAACACAACGAGAGUCUUUACAUCCGAUAGCCCUGAAGUGAAAAUCACUGUCAAAGACACGGUGUCCGACCCUGACAUUUCUUUCAAGGUACUGAAGGAGAAUUGCAACUAUUUUGCUCUGGUCACCUGCCAGUCAACCAGAGGGACGCUGCCCGUCAGCUUUUCUCUCUACAACAGAACAGAAUUGGCUUUCAAUACAACAGUUGAAGCGAGAAAAGCAAACUUCAAGGUUCCAUUGGUUUUGGACAAAUACUUGGGAUGGCUCCAGUGCCGGGCCAAUAAUGGCGAUCAGGUUGCACACAGUCGGCGGUUGCCCUUACAAAUUGUGAGGGUCGGUGGGCCAGUGAUGAUGCACUACGACUACGAAAUUGGACAAAACUAUGCUGUGAUUGGCCUCAGGUUCUACUGCAAGGCAACAAAAGGAUCUCAUCCACGGUACCGGUGGUUCCUCAACCAAACUCUUCUCCAAGGUCGAGGAAACUUUUACCACAUGGUCAAUCAGCCACCGGACCAGUCCAUCCUCCUGUUGUCCGUCGGGAGCAGCAGUGCAGGGACGUAUCAUUGUGAAGUGUCAGACAUCUUUGACAACACCACUGCCAUCAGCAGCCAAAAGCAGUACAUAGACAAAAAGGUGCUCAACCGACUCCCCGUUUCUGUGGUGGCUGUUGUCUUUGGAUGUUUCACUUUGUUGGUUGUUCUGGUCUCAGGUUGUUGUUUCGUUGGAUUGUUUUUUAGGAGAAGAGAUUGUGGAGAGGAGUCCCUGGUGAGCCAAGAGACAGAGAAAUUUGCUGCAUACGAGGACUCCUUAAAUCUACACUUGCAGGCAAUGUCAGGGUAUCAUGAGGACGGUGAUGUCGUAAGGUCAGCCAGAUGUGAUGAAUUAGAUUGGGUAAGAGCAAAUACAGUUACAAGAAAAAGUAUGAAGUGUGAAUCCUCUGGAAUAACCUAAAUUUUAGUCUGCUACCCAACUGUCAAAUCAAUGUAAUAAGAUCCGAGGUGCUGUUAAAGCUGCCCUAUUAAAAAACAUAAAUAAAUAAAUUAGCUUUGAGCUUCCUAUUCUCAUGGAGCAUUGCCCCCUGUGCCCAAUUGCCGAGAACAUUCGUAAAACCAAAAAUUGUCAAUUGGCACAAAGCUGGAAAUGGUUCCUAAAGUAUCUCCAAAAACCUUAUUGUUCAUCAGUCCAUGCGAACCGAGAUUGUUCAUGAAGAAAGUUUGGCACUAUUGGUACUCUCCCUAGUAGUGGUGGCCUAUAAAAUCAAAGUUGAGGUGACACCAUGAUUUGGGGUUGUUUUACUCCUUCAGGGCCUGGAAGCAUUGCUAUUUUCUCUGGGGAAAAAAAUUAAUUCCCCAGUUUAUCAAGAUAUUUUGCAGGAGAAAUUAAGCCCGUAUGAAGUCCAAAAGGAAAAACAACCCAAAUCACAGCAGUAAAUUGAGAACUAAAUUGCUUCAACGGAAGAGUCUUCUGGAGUUUCCCAAUCAGAGUCCUGACCUCAAUGAGAUUGAGAUACAGUAGCAUGGUCUCAAAAGUGUGAGUCACACCAGACAUCCCAAGAAUACUAACGUACUGAAACGUUUUGUACAGAGGACUGGUCCAACAUUUCUCCUCGCAGUUGGUCAGGUCUGAGGAGUAACUCCAGAAAACGUUUGUUAGAGAUUAUUUCUGAAAAAGGAGGCUAACACGGUUAUUCUAGGUUGAUACACUUUUGCUACCCUGCACUUGGGAUGGUUAAAUGUACUGUACUGU